UGUCCCCUCGCCAUGGCGUCGUGUCUGCCUGUUCUCUCUGUUGCAGAAAGUGGCCGCCUCUCCGCCGCCGCUGCCGACUCAAAGCUCCCCGACUCUAAACCCUCACACCGCCAUUUUGUGAGUCCGGAGACCCGAGAGUCGACAGCAGCAGCGGAGAGAGGCACGGGGCCGGGGCCGAGAAAUUCUCAGUUCUUCUUGACGUCAGGACGAUGAUGUUUUGUUCUGAAAAGUGAGAGCUCCUGCCCUGGAGGGAGCGCCAUGGCGUCAGGGCACAGCACGCGUUUGGAGGCAGGGCCAUCGGGGGGCGCUGUGCUGGCCAAACCUCUGUAUCUGCAGCGUCUGGAGAGGUCGCUCAAACUCGACUCUUUUCUGAGACAAACGGCGGCGGUUUUCAACACCGACAUCACCAGUGAGGACAGUGAGGAGAGCGACUGUGGUCUGGACUCGGGUCUGUCUCUGGACUCUGGACCGAGUUCGGCUCUGAAGCAGGAGCCGUGUGAGCAGAGCGACGCUUCAGAGGGAAAACCGCCACGAAACGGGAUUCUCCUGCAGAAAGAGCAAAAGGCCGACAGAGCGAGUCUCUACAACUUUUCCAAGAUCAAGAAGAACAGGAAGUGGCUGAAGAGUUUACUUUUGAGCGAUGACACCACGGACUCAGGCUCAGACUCGGAUGAUUCUGACUUUAGUUUAUCUAAAGACGAGCUUCACGACAUGUUGAGGCUCCAUCGCUUCAGUCGACAGCACCAGAGCAAGUUCCACUCAGACAGAGAGCUCCAUCAGUACCAGUACUACAGCACAGGGCUCCUCUCCACCCAUGACCCAUUCUACGAGCAGCAGCGCCACCUACUGGGCCCCAAGAAGAAGAAGAUCAAAGAUGAGAAGAAGUUCAAAGCUAAACUGAGGAAGGUGAAACGGCGUAAGAAACGCGGCGAGGGCGACGGUGACGAUGACGAGCGUCCGUUUGUCACCAAGGUUUUUGCAAAGUUUUCCCACGAUGCACCUCUGCCUCCAGUGAAGAAGAAGCAUCUGAGUCUGGAACAACUGAACGCACGACGCCGCAAAGUGUGGCUCACCAUCGCCAAGAAGGACGUGCCCAAGACUUUCAAACAGAAAACAUCUGCCAAAAAUCUCGUGUUUACCAACGCCAGAAAGCUGGCUCACCAGUGCCUGCGUGAGGUCCGCCGCGCCGCCAUCCAGGCCCAGAAGAACUGUAAAGAGACUCUGCCCCGAGCGCGACGCCUCACCAAAGAAAUGAUGCUCUACUGGAAAAAGUACGACAAAGUGGAGAAAGAACAUCGAAAGAGAGCGGAGAAGGAGGCGCUGGAGCAACGCAAACUGGACGAGGAGAUGAGAGAGGCGAAGCGGCAGCAGCGUAAACUGAACUUCCUGAUCACGCAGACGGAGCUGUACGCUCACUUCAUGAGCGGCAAAGGCCCCGGGGCCGAAGGUCAAGACGAGAUCCUGCAGAAACUGGAGGACAGCGCCCCCCACAGGCAGAUCGACAUCGGAGGAGGAGUCAUGGUCAACAUGGGACAGGAGGAUUAUGACAGUGAAUAUUACAAGACCCAGGCUCUGCGGAACGCCACGGACGCCUUCCACGUCCACCAGGAGAGGACUCGUAUGUUUGACGAUGAGGCGAAGGACAGUCGAGCUGCGGCCGGGGCGUCCGGGUCGGGAGCGGCGUCGGCGACGGGGCAGGCGCACGCGGCGGGCGCGGCGUCCGGGUUCGGGGAGAGCUACAGUUUAUCGAACCCGUCGAUUCAGGCCGGAGACGACAUCCCACAGCCCACGAUCUUCAACGGCAAACUCAAAGCCUACCAGCUCAAAGGCAUGAACUGGCUCGCCAACCUGUACGAACAGGGCAUUAAUGGGAUCCUUGCUGAUGAGAUGGGUUUGGGGAAGACUGUGCAGAGCAUUGCACUUUUGGCUCAUUUGGCCGAGCGAGACAACAUCUGGGGCCCGUUCCUGAUCAUUUCUCCAGCCUCGACUCUCAACAACUGGCACCAGGAAUUCUCACGAUUUGUACCAAAAUUCAAGGUUUUGCCUUAUUGGGGAAAUCCACACGAUCGAAAAGUGAUCAGAAAAUUCUGGAGUCAAAAAACCCUGUAUACCCAGAAUGCACCGUUCCAUGUGGUCAUCACCAGUUAUCAGCUCGUGGUGCAGGACGUCAAAUACUUCCAGAGGGUCAAAUGGCAGUACAUGGUUUUAGACGAGGCCCAGGCGCUCAAGAGCAGCUCCAGUGUCCGGUGGAAAAUCCUCCUGCAGUUUCAGUGUCGAAACAGACUCCUGCUGACGGGGACGCCCAUCCAGAACACCAUGGCAGAGUUGUGGGCGCUGCUUCACUUCAUCAUGCCGACUCUGUUCGAUUCACAUGAAGAAUUCAACGAGUGGUUUUCCAAAGACAUCGAGAGUCACGCCGAGAACAAGUCGGCCAUCGACGAGAACCAACUUUCGCGCCUGCACAUGAUCCUGAAGCCGUUUAUGCUGCGAAGGAUUAAAAAAGACGUAGAGAACGAGCUCUCGGACAAGAUCGAGAUCCUGACGUACUGUCAGCUGACCACGCGGCAGAGGCUCCUGUACAAAGCUCUGAGGAAUAAGAUCUCUAUAGAAGAUCUGCUGCAGUCGUCCAUGGGCACAGCUCAGCAGGCCCACAGCACCACCUCCUCCCUCAUGAACCUCGUCAUGCAGUUCAGGAAGGUGUGUAACCAUCCCGACCUGUUUGAGCGUCAGGACACGCGCUCUCCCUUCCACAUGUCGCUCAAGCCCUAUUUUAUGUCCAAGUUUUUGUAUCGCAACGGCCUCCUGCACAACCACACCCACAACCACACCCACAGCACCAACAGAAUCCUCCGAGUGCUGCUGUCUCCCUUCUCCCCUCAGCACAUCCAGCACAGUUUGUUUCACAGGAAAGGUGAGGAUGAAGGCAGCUGCUUCUCGUUCCUGCGUUUCAUCGACGUGUCUCCAGCCGAAAUGUCCAACCUCAUGUUACAAGGCACUUUAGUCAGAUGGUUAGCCCUUUUCCUGUCUCUGAAAUCUGCAUACCGACUCCACUACCAGCGCCUGUUUGAGGAGAGAGGAGACUCAGGAGGAGACUCAGGAGGAGACUCAGGAGGAGACUCAGGAGGAGACGCAGGAGGAGACGCAGGAGGAGACGCAGGGCCCAGUCCACAGAGGCUGAGAUGUCUGUCCCGCAGAGACCUGAUUCUGAGCGUUGACAGACCCAGUUCUUUCCCAAACAGCAGCAGCAGCCGCCUCCUCCAGGGCCUGGUGUUCACAGCGUCCUCUCCAGGUUUGAUUGGACAUUCAGAUGUUGAGAUCCACAGCCGCUCCUCCUCCUCCUCCUCCUGCUCCUCCUCAUCUGUCGCUCGCAGGUCGUGUCUGCCCUGUCUGCCCCCAAAGUUCCUCCUCGCUGCGACACCCAGGGUGACGGCCGUUCCCAUGGAGACGUACUGUAACGACCGCAGCGCCGAGUAUGAUUGGCGGGUGACGCGGAGCGGAGGCGGGACCGUGUACAGGGACUGCUUCCUGUACGGCUCUCCUGAACUGGCCUCUGAUUGGACCACGAGAGCGACCUCCUUCUACCCACAAUCCCCCGGGGGCGUCAUGGCGAUCAACCCGCAGCACGGCUGGUCCUGCAUUCGUAUUCCAGAUAAAGAGAGUCUGAUCACAGAGAGCGGGAAGCUGCACACUCUGGACCUUCUGCUGAGUGGACUGAAGAACCAGGGUCACAGGGUCCUGAUCUACUCCCAGAUGACCCGCAUGAUCGACCUGCUCGAGGAGUACAUGGUGUACCGUAAACACACGUACAUGAGACUGGACGGAUCCUCAAAGAUCUCUGAGCGCAGAGACAUGGUGGCCGACUUCCAGAGCAGGGCGGACAUCUUUGUUUUCUUGCUGAGCACCAGAGCUGGAGGACUGGGCAUCAACCUGACGGCUGCAGACACUGUGAUCUUCUACGACAGUGACUGGAACCCCACAGUGGACCAACAGGCCAUGGACCGCGCCCACAGACUGGGCCAGACCAAACAGGUGACCGUGUACAGACUCAUCUGUCAGGGCACCAUCGAGGAGAGGAUCCUGCAGCGCGCCAAGGAGAAGAGCGAGAUCCAGAGAGUGGUGAUCUCUGGAGGAAACUUCAAACCCGACACCCUGAAGCCCAAAGAGGUGGUCAGUCUGCUCCUGGACGACGACGAGCUCGAGAAGAAACUGCGUCAGAGGCAGGAGGAGAAGAGGCUGCAGGAGGAGACCAGCAAAGUGAAGGAGAGAAAGAGAAAGAGAGAGAAAUAUGCAGAGAAGAAAAAGAACGAGGAGACGGAGACGAAGAGGAAGAGAGAGGUCAAUCUGGUGAUCUCUCACUCCGCCCCCUCCGCCCCUUCAGCCGAUAACUCCAACAUGUCCGCCGACGGAGAGGACUCCUUCCUCAGUGUGGACAUGGACUCGGCCAUGCCCAGCCCCUUCAGCGAGAUCUCCCUGAGCAGUGAGUUUCCUCCGGGCUCUCUUCCUCCUGACCCGGACCAGGACGAGAGCAGCAGUGACAUGUUGGUGAUCGUGGACGAGGCUCCGCCCACCAGAGCCACUAACUCUCCCGCCUCCGUGUGCGGCUCGGCGUCGGACAACUUCAACGGAGUUUCGAGCUCGGACGCCAUCAGCCCGGGCAGAGGCCGGUCUAAAGGCGGUCGGGGACGGCCCAAAGGCUCCGGGGGCGGGGCUAAAGCCGGCGUCAAAGGUCGCGGCAGGAAGUCGACGGCAGGGAGCGCGGCGGCGAUGGCGGGAGCGAUGGCGGGCGCAGCAGCGGCGUCAGCUGCUGCGUACGCCGCCUACGGCUUCAGCGUGUCCAAAGGAGGUCUCUCUGGGUCCAGUCCGGUCCUGGGACGCUCUGGAGCUUCUCCAGCGUUUAAACCGAGUCGCAGCUCCUCUCCUCAGGCUAAAGGGGGCGGAGCCCCGAGCCCCCACAAGAACCAGAUGCCCUCCCACUACCCCCACCAACUCCACCCCAACCACCCCCAUCACCACACUGCCCCGCAGACAGGACCAGUGCGCAAAGCCAAAGGUCCAGCAGCUCCAAACACGCGAUAACACCACCUCCACCUGCAACACCACCUCCACCUGAACCACCACCUCCACCUGCAACACCGCCUCCACCUGAACCUGCAACACCACCUCCACCUGCAACACCGCCUCCACCUGAACCACCACCUCCACCUGCAACACCGCCUCCACCUGAACCUGCAACACCACCUCCACCUGCACCACCGCCUCCACCUGCACCACCGCCUCCACCUGCAACACCACCUCCACCUGCAACUCCACCUCCACCUGAACCACCGCCUCCACCUCCACCUGCACCACCACCUCCACCUGAACCUGCAACACCACCUGCACCACCUUCGGCUCCGCCUGCUCCCUGAUUUCUCUGUGGCUCCAGCCGUUUACAGAGUCUGUCGGCUGUUUCCAAACUCAGAAAAUAUGUGUCAGAUGCCCUCCCACACUCCUGUAUCUGUGUGUCAGAUGCCCUCCCAGAUCAUUUCUGUUCUUGGUUCAUUCUCCU